UAUUUAAAUUGUCCAUGUUGUUAAUAGUAUUAUUAUUAUUAAAUGUAAUUGAUCCGGGUUAUCAUUGCUGUCAAGAUGCUGAUAGAGAAAUACAAACAAAUGAUGAUUUUAGACAAAUGGAAGGCAGAAAAAAUUGUCCAGGAAGUCAACAUAAAUGUCCACUGGGUCCAUGGUGUUGCGAUGAUCAUGGCAAUGCUAGAAAUUGUCCGCAACAAGAGUGUCGAUCAAUUUGUUGCCCUGAAAAACAUAUAUGUCUCAAAAAAUUGGAUAACGAACAACUGACCGAUUUGGACGGACAAAAUGAAGGAUAUUAUUGCAAAAAUGAUGGUCAAAAUGAUGGAAGUCAAGAUGGGGGGUCAAGGUGGAGGUCACGGAGAUCAUGGAGAUCAAGGAGAAAGUCAAGAAGGAGAUCAAGGGGGAGGUCAAGGUGGAUUACAAAAAAGAGAACAACGCAUUCAGGGUGUCGGGCUAUUUGUUGUCCAGAAAAUCAUACGUGUCGUUCAAAAUCGUGGCGUCUAACGGAUAUGGAUAAACAAAAUCAAGGCUAUUAUUGCAAAAAUGGUGGUCAAGAUGAUGCAGGAGGUCAAAGCGUAGGUCAAGGAGGAGAACAGGGUGGAGAUCAAGGCGGUGGUCAAGAUGAAGGUCAAGGUGGAUAUCAAGGAGGAGAUCAAGGAGAAGGUCAAGAUGGAGGUCAAGGUGGAUAUCAAGGAGGAGGUCAAGAUGGAUAUCAAGGAGGUCAAUAUGGAGGUCAAGAUGGAGAUCAAGGUGGAUAUCAAGGUCAAGAUGGAGGUCAAGGCGGAGGUCAAGAUGGAGAGUAA